GUAUUUGUGUUUUACCAGGCUUCAGAGCAGAGCUAGACACUCAGACAGGGGUGUUUUACCGGUGCAACUGAUGAAGAAAGGUUUGCAUUUCAUUUGAAUAUAAGCAGACAACCAGAUAUGAUUCUUUCUACCUAUCACACCAUCCAGUCUGUUUUCUGCUGCUGCUGCUGCUGCACAGUGCAAAAAAGAGCAAUGAGAACAAAAAUGAACCUGGACCCUGAUACUGGCCUGGUGACCCAGUACUCAGCCUCACAACCAGAGGUUUCCUAUGCAUCUACUUGGAAGUGCAGGCGUAAGAGGCAAUUGCGUGUGAAGAACAAGCCGUUACCUCCUCUACCUGCUGAGGCCUUGGAAGACUACACAAAAAAUGUCAAAGUUAUUGCACUAUAUGACUUUUUUGCUAGAGGACCGUCUGAUUUAACACUCAAGAAGUCAGAAGAAUACAUUAUCCUUGAACAGUAUGAUCCCCACUGGUGGAAGGCAAGAGACCAGCAUGGGAAUGAAGGCCUAAUUCCCAGCAACUAUGUUACCGAGAACAAGAAAAGUAAUUUAGAAACAUACGAGUGGUACUGCAAAAACAUCAACAGAAGCCAGGCAGAACUGCUCUUGCAACAGAAGUCCAAAGAAGGUGCAUUUGUUGUCAGAGAUUCAAGCCAACAGGGACUCCUUACACUGUCGGUGUAUUCACGGUCUAAAGGAAGUCACAGUGGAGACAUUCGGCAUUAUCAAAUUAAGAAAAACCACCUGGAACAAUAUUACGUAGCAGAAAAAUAUCUCUUCUCAUCUGUUCCUGAACUCAUCCAAUAUCAUCGACACAAUGCUGCAGGUCUUAUCACUCGUCUCCGACAUCCAGUUGGAUCAAUUGGAUGUUCUUCACCAGCAACAGCUGGAUUUAGUUAUGAGGAGUGGGAAUUAAACCCAUCAGAACUGACGUUUAUGAAGGAGCUUGGGCGUGGGCAGUUUGGAGUCGUUCAGCUGGGUAAAUGGAAAGCAACCAUCAAAGUUGCCAUCAAAACAAUCAAUGAAGGUGCAAUGUCUGAGGACGAUUUCAUUGAGGAGGCCAAAGUGAUGAUGAAACUCUCCCACCCGAAGCUGGUCCAGCUUUACGGAGUGUGCACACGCCACAAGCCUCUCUAUGUAGUGACUGAGUUCAUGGAGAACGGCUGCCUGCUCAACUACCUGCGGCAGAGACGGGGGAAACUCAGCAGAGACCUGCUGCUGAGCAUAUGCCAGGAUGUGUGUGAAGGGAUGGAGUAUCUGGAAAGAAAUAGGUUCAUUCACCGUGAUUUAGCUGCAAGAAACUGUUUAGUCAAUGCUGAGCACAUUGUUAAAGUAUCCGACUUCGGCAUGGCGAGGUAUGUCAUUGAUGAUGAAUAUAUCAGCUCUUCAGGUGCCAAGUUUCCAGUCAAGUGGUCAUCUCCUGAAGUCUUUCAUUUCAAAAAGUACAGCAGCAAAUCUGAUGUAUGGUCAUUUGGUGUGCUGAUGUGGGAAGUCUUCACAGAGGGCAAAAUGCCUUUUGAAAGUAAAUCAAAUUGUGAAGUUGUCCGUGAGAUUUCUGAGGGAAACCGACUUUAUCGACCACAUUUGGCAUCUCAUACUGUGUACAAAGUCAUGUACAGCUGCUGGCAUGAGAAACCUGAAGGACGUCCUUCUUUUGAAGAAUUAGUAGACACACUCACAGAUAUAACAGAAAUGGGAUAAUCAGUAAAUUAUCCUAAAUUACACCUAAAUACAGGUGUAUUUACUGGAAAAUCAGCAUUAAGCCUGUCAAUGUAGUUGACACAGAAAACAUCAGCCUUUUACAGCUGUCUCUACUUAAAUUGUAGUAGCAGCAUCCUACAUAGCGAAGCAGCUGUUCGGGCUUGGUGUAACUUCUGCUCAUUUGAGAAAGAUAUCUGAGGAGACUGGUUUGGGGCUCUCAAGCCUUUGUUUUCUUGAUUAGGGAGAAAAAUCUCCUGUCUGAAAAGAAGUAACCAAUCUUACUUGCCAUGCAAGCCUUUUUUUUUCUUUUUGUUAGAGCUACACUAAUUCCCAUAAUAAUAUUACUAAGAAAUGGUUUGUUACUUAAUAUAGUUCAUGCACUGGGCAAUACUGAUUAGCGGCACCAAAAACGAUGGAAGAGACUUUGAUAAAGUGUCAGAGAGGUCAUAUCUAAAGGCAACACCUUUUGUACUGCAAAGCACUGAAGAAAUGGAGCAGUGUUUCAGAGGAAACACAACUGCCGGAGCAGCACCCAGGUGAUUGCCCAGGUACUGCACGAUCACGGGAUCAAGGGAUCAAGGCAUGCAGAGGGAGCAGUCAUCCUUCAGUGCCUUCCAACUGACAUCUGAAUAGCUGGAAGGACUGAGCAUCCUUGAGGAACUUUAAUCCUGCUCACAGGUAAAGGCACUUUCUCUGCUAAUUCUGUGUAAAACAAGGAGAACAAGUAAGGACUGUUUUAUUCAAACCUCUCCCUGAAUUUUAUUGUUGUCUCCCAUUCCUGGCUUGCUGCUGCAUACUUGAAUGCCCACACCUCUUUACUGCUCCCCUCUAAGUAUCCGGAAUGGUUAAUAGACAAGUUAAAGCUGGAAUCUGGCUGUAAAAAGAAGUGCUUUGAAUUAGUCUAGCUCAAACAAAUUCUGUGAGACCUCACACGCACAAUGUCUGUAACCCUACUUGGAAUGUUAUUAUUCUAAUUUUAACUCUUAAUUUUGGUCAAUACAAAUGUAUUACAGAAAAGAAAAUGCAAGUGAAGUAGGAGAUUGUUUUAUGUAAAACAGUCAGAUCACCGCAAAUAAAUAUUUUUUUAAAUGUGAUUGUAUUGUGAAUUAUUUAUAGGUAAAUAUAUUUCUUUUUAUAGCACUUCAUAGACAAAAUACUUAAAACCCAGUAGAUGAAGAAUGAUUGAUACCUGAACAACUUAAUUUUUUCAUUCACAAAUUAAAAAACAAAACAAAAAAGUAACAAUAAAAUGAAGUACAUCGAUCAUCCCAAGUAUUGAAUUUCGAGAAGAUGAUGGCAUCUCUGGGUCAAAUUCACUCCUGGCAUUAAUAACUCCCCUUACUGCAAUACUAUUUUGGUAGUUAUCAUCCCUUGGGAAAAGGACUUCUUAACCCUACUGUGUCAACAUCUGGGAGUACCUUCACACGGUACCUUAAGGCGUUUCUCCUUCAAGUGACAGGAUAUCCUUUUGUUUAAUUGCUAAAAGAAUUGCCACCAACUGAUAGCACUGUUUACUUUUAUAAUUUGCUUAUUUAUGGGUGUUCAACUCCAUAUCAGACCUAUACACACAAACCUACACAAUAUAGUACUGUGCAUUGAGCUUACCUCUAGUCUGUGUGUUGCCGAAGUACAAUGCUUUUCAGCAGAUGAUGCUCUACAAAAAAUUCAACCUGUAUCUGCAAUAUAAAUGCGCAUGGAGACUUUGAAUAAUAUAUGAGGAAUCCUUUAUAAAAGCUCUCGUAAAACUGGUUUUACUACAUUUAUUACUGCAAGUUAAUAUGUAAUACACUACAGUACCCUGCAAUAAAAAGAGAGUUUAUGUACACAAAGCACCCUGCUUGUGCUUGUUUUUGCUGGGUUAUCCCGUGGUGAGCAUGCAUCUGUCUUUGAAACAUGGUGGUCUAACACAAUGGGAAAAAAAAUGCUUGCCUGCCAGGCCUUCAGCUUCAGAAUAUAGUCUGUCUGGAGGCUGGGCAAAUUAUCAGUAGGCUGUUGUUAGCACUCUGACGUGGAUAAAUUUAACAGCUGAUAUCAUGAAGCUUACGGUAAAUAAAUUAAAAAGCACUGUAACACGCUUCAGUCACUGGAAUCAGUGCUUAAUCAGCAGCAAGAACUGCCUAGCAGGACGAAGGUCAGGUGUGUACAGCUUGUUUGCUUACUUGAACAGCUACACCCAUAAAUAAAGACCAAGCAGGCCACCUCAGGCCUUGUGGUGGCUCUGAGCGUAGCUCCAGCUCCAGCCAUGUUCAAACAGGCAAAAAGGAAAGAAGUUAUGUUGGCAAAAAGUGAGUGCCACCCAUGUCACUAAUAAUAGAGAGGCAUAUUGGUCUGCUGGCUGUUUUUUUUUUUUUUUUUAAUAAACAUUUGGGUGUUUGCAAAAGAGAGAGACAGAAAAUAAGACAUCUAAGGAGUAGGUUGGGGUGGUUCAGCCUGGAGAAAAGGGGACUGAGGGGAGACCUCAUUGCUCUCUACAACUACCUGAAAGGAGCUUGAAUUGAGGAGGGUGUUGGUCUUUUUUUAUCUGGUGACAAGUGAUAGGACUCGGGGAAACAACCUCAAGGUGUGCCAGAGAGGUUUUGCAUUGGUAUCAGGAAGAAUUUCUUCACAGAGAGUGUGGCCAAGCAUUGGAACGGGCUGCCCAGGGAAGCAGUGGAGUCCCUAUCCCUGGAGGUAUUUAAGAGACGUGUAGAUGUGGUGGUUAGGGGCAUGGUUUAGUAGUGGACUUGUAGUGUUAGGUGAUGGUCAGAUGUGACAAUCUUAAAGGUCUUUCUAAAACCUGAAUGGUUCUGUGAUUCUGUGAAAAGAACAGUAAAGGUUGGAAGGAGGCACAGUGACACCCCUGUACAGGGGAUUUCUGGCUAAAGGCUGUAAGAGUACUCACCAAUGGUGAAAAUUCAGCUGAUAUUUCCUCAUCAAACAUCAGAAAACAGAUCUGCAGCCAGUUGGUAACAUGCAGGGGGAGAGGGGGAAAGGCAGUAAUCCCACCUUCUGCGCAGCAGCCACCUGUGAUGUGUAUCUUUCUAUCUAAAGCUGACUUGUUGACAAACUGGAAUAUAUUUCCAGAACAUGAAAUGACUUCCUUCUUCAAAAGUGCUCCUGGCAAGUAAUACAGAUCAAUCACUUGGGUGCACAAGUCUGGGCAAGUUUCUCUCCAGUGCCAUUUGUUUUGUACCUCUCCACCCCCUGUCCAACUUUAAAUAAUGAAUGUUUCACAAAAAGGUAACACAUAUGAAGAUAUAUCAUAUAUAUAAAGAUAUAUCACUCCUCAUGCAUCAGCCAGCCUGGCUUCUAUCUGACCCCCUCCUCCAGUUUAAAAAUUGCCGCUUUAAAAACCUAACAG